CAACGGACAAUUACCACUUGGUUGGAGAAUAAAGGACCCAAGACAACUGAGUCCAAAAGCUUACACAGCAAAAUUAAUAAUACUGAAGCAAAUCCCAAGAUGACUUCCAUUAAAAAAGAGAACUUUUGUGAUCAUGAUGUGAAAAAGCUAGAGAAUGUUUGUCAGCAAAAUUAUUCAAAAAUAUCUGUAGAAGUUGGUGCAAAGCAUGUAAUUUUGCCUCAGACAGGCAGCAUGUAUAAUUGGGAGGCUGAGGACAAAGAUCCAGGCUUAGACACAGAGCCUGUGAAGGGGAUGCAGUCUGGAGACCUCUUUAAAAACGCCAACAUUGAUCAGAUGCACAAAACUGGCAAGCAGGCUCAGAGAGGCUGUGAAGAAAGCAAUGACAGUUGGACUCAGAGGAAAUCGUCAUCAGGCCAGCCUUUGAAAAUGGGAAAUGCAAAACUUUCUUCGAAAGAGACAGAGGGACUGGUGGCUUCAUGCAAUUCACAGAAGCUGAAGAGUCACAAUUCUGUCUGUUUAAUGGGUGAACAAGGAGAAGGGGAUGUAGUUCCAGAAAGCCCACUUUCAGAUGCUGGUUAUGCUUGUAUAUCUGAUCUUGGAGGUCCUGCGAAACUGAGCAAAGGUCAGAGCAGUUCAGGGGAUUCGCCCGCUUUUGAGAAAGAAAGUGAACCAGAGUCACCGAUGGAUGUAGAUAAUUCUAAAAAUAGCUGUCAUGGGUCAGAGGCUGAUGAAGAAACAAGUCCGUUUCUUGAUGAGCGAGAGGAGAUUAAUAGGUCAAAAUCCAUAAACAAAUCUUUCAGAAUUCAAUAUGGGGAUGCUGAACUGGCGUCAAGAAAGUCACGUUUUUCUGCCAAGGGCUCUGGAAGCUUUGAGGAAAUAGAUAAUUCUGUUAAAGAUGAUGGUCUGUAUACAAAGUCACCUAGGAUCUCUCCUGCUCCAUCAUCAGAAUGCAAAGGUGCAAAACAGGGUGUGAAGAGAGAUUCCAAAAUCACCUCUCACUUCAUGAGGAUACCUAAAGUUGAGGAGAAGAGAAAAGAGAAGUGUGAAUUCAAACCCCAGAGGCCAGGAAGGAAGAUUCCUAAAUAUAUGCCACCUCCUCUUCCAUCUAAUAAGAAAUGGUUUGGAACCCCAGUUGAAGAGAUGAGAAGAAUGCCUGUGUGUGGGGCCCGUCUUCCUUAUCUGCGACCCUCAGCCAAUCAUACAGUAACCGUCAGAGUAGAUCUUCUGAGGGAAGGAGAGGUGCCUAAACCUUUUCCAACUCACUACAAAGAUUUGUGGGACAACAAACAUGUUAAAAUGCCCUGCUCAGAACAAAAUUUAUACCCUGUAGAGGAUGAGAAUGGAGAUAGAACUGCUGGGAGUCGAUGGGAACUAAUCCAAACUGCCUUACUUAACAAAUUUACUUGCUCACAUGAUUUGAAGGAGGCCAUACUGAGAUACAACGUUGCUUACUCCAAGAAAUGGGACUUCACUGCUCUUACUGACUUCUGUGAGAAGGUUCUUGAAGAUGCAGAGGCUCGACAUUUGUUCCAGUCAAUUCUUCCUGAUAUGGUCAAGCUGGCACUCUGUCUCCCUAGUAUCUGCACCCAGCCAAUACCUCUACUGAAACAAAAGAUGAAUCACUCCAUCACGAUGUCACAGGAACAGAUUGCUAGUUUUCUAGCCAAUGCUUUCUUCUGUACUUUUCCACGUCGCAAUGCGAAGAUGAAGUCUGAGUAUUCUAGUUAUCCAGAUAUUAACUUCAACAGAUUGUUUGAAGGACGGUCACCAAAGAAACCUGAGAAACUUAAGACACUUUUCUGCUAUUUUAGGAGAGUCACAGAAAAAAAACCUACGGGAUUGGUGACAUUUACAAGGCAGUGCCUCCAGGAGUUUCCAGACUGGGAAAGAUCGCAGAAAAAACUGUCUAGAUUGCAUGUCACCUAUGAAGGCACCAUCGAAAGCAAUGGACAAGGUAUGCUACAGGUUGAUUUUGCAAACCGUUUUGUUGGAGGUGGUGUGACUGGGGCAGGACUAGUACAAGAAGAAAUCCGUUUUUUAAUCAACCCAGAAUUGAUUGUAUCAAGGCUCAUCACGGAAGUCCUGGAUCACAAUGAAUGUCUUAUCAUCACAGGUACUGAGCAGUUCAGUGAGUAUACAGGCUAUGCAGAAACUUACCGGUGGGCCAGAAGCCAUGAAGAUAAGACUCCAAGGGAUGAAUGGCAGCGACGCUACACUGAAAUUGUUGCUAUAGAUGCAUUUCACUUCAGACGUUUCCUUGAUCAGUUUGGUCCGGAGAAAAUUAGAAGAGAGCUCAACAAGGCCUACUGUGGCUUCUCUCGACCCAAUGUUCCACCUCAACACCUCUCUGCAAUAGCCACAGGAAACUGGGGAUGUGGUGCCUUUGGAGGGGACUCCCGAUUAAAAGCCUUAAUACAGUUAUUGGCAGCUGCUGAGGCUGGACGUGAUGUUGUUUAUUUUACCUUUGGAGAUGUGGAGCUGAUGCGGGAUAUUUACAGCAUACACACUUUUCUCUGUGAGAAGGGCCAAACUAUUGGGGACGUUUAUAAGCUGUUAUUGAGAUACUACAAUGAAGAGUGCAGAAGCUGUUCUACAUCAGGACCAGAUGUCAAGCUGUAUUCUUUCAUAUACAACACCAUUGAGUCCUAUGCAGAUUCUACUGAUGAUGAUGAUGAAGAAAAAGGGUUGUGCUUUGAGGAUUAAAAUAAAUUUAUUUGAUCAGAUUUAUUGUUCAUCUCCUCCC